AGAACAAGUAGCCUGUCCGAAUUUUGUUAUUCUCAAUAUUUUCUUUUUUUCUUCCUUUGGAAAACCCAAUUAGUCUUUCUUUCAUCUUCAACUUGUGUGAGUCUUAAUUAAUUAUGCUGUUGAAUGAAUGAUUUACCAAAAAGUCAUCCCUAAAACCAGGUAUCAAUUUUUAUCGCAUUUCUCCCAUCCCUUUCUUUCACACCCUCCACCCAUAAAAGAAACAUCAUACGAUCCAACACUAAUCCACUUCAAUCCGUGUAUGACUCAUUCCUUAAGUCCAUGCUGAGCGAUGGAGCCUUCUAGAGAUUACUGAUUUGAAGAUAUGUUUGUAUAUGCAGUUGCACACAACACGUGAUCAAUAGACUUGGAAGAGAAAGACAUCAUCAUCUUAGAUGACCUGAAAUUCCAACUUUGCAAACGACAAAAGAAGUCAAUUGGUUGGAGGCAAAAACCCGUGCAACAACAAAUAAACAUGUCAGAAGGGUAUGAAAUUCAUAACAAUGAGGAAACUUCAUCGGGAUGUUCCCAGAAAUGCUCUUCAUUUGACUUGAAUGAAGAAUUAGCUUGCAGUACUGAAGAUAACACUGAUACAAAAGAGUGCUAUGAGCUCACAACAACCAAUGAGAAAGCAAAGGAUGAGGGCACUUCAGCGAAUGGAAGUAGCAUAUCAUCAAGAGAAGGAAAUGAGAGAAGAGGAACAACGGUAAGACAAUAUGUUAGAUCAAAGAUGCCUAGGCUUCGGUGGACUCCUGAGCUUCAUCAUUCAUUUGCGCAUGCUGUUGAAAGACUUGGUGGUCAAGAGAGAGCUACACCCAAGUUGGUGCUUCAACUGAUGAAUGUGCGAGGACUCAGCAUUGCUCAUGUCAAGAGUCACUUGCAGAUGUAUCGGAGCAAGAAACUUGACGAGGCUGGGCAAGUACUAAGUCAAACGUACAGGUCAAACCAGGAAGUAGUUCGUAGACCUCUGAUACUCCAUCAGUCCAUAAGUCCUCAACAACAUCUUAAGAUGGGAAAUGGUGGAAUUAUUCUAGCAAGUAAUUUCAACAAACAUAGUCAUUUCCCAAGUCUCCUGCAGCCCUCCUUCUCCCUAUCACGUUCACUUACAAACGACACCGAUUCAAGGCACCAGCAUUGGUACAUCAAUCAUCAAGCUUUUAGAAUACCAAUAGCUUCAGGCCAAAUUCAACCAAAGGAUACACGCGGCAGAAUUGCCCCCAUGAGACCAAGCCAAUUGCUUGAAGAGAAAAGGUGGCCUCCGUUAGAAAUUUUGAACAAUCAUCAAUCGAAGUUCCAAAAGUUACCUUCCAUUGAUUCUCCUAAAAUUGGGUCACAAGCUAUUCAACCAGCUGAAUGGAGUAGUUUUAUGAACAACACAAGCAUCAUAGAUUAUCUAUCGAACAACUCCAAUGAACCUCGCAACAAUUCCAACAGCUUAAAGCUAGAAUUUGGUCCUCCAUUUCGGAUUAAGAAAGACGAGCAACAAUUUCUUGAUUUGCAACUGGGUUUGAGUCACACAUGUACAGUUGGAACCGAUGGCAAGAUGGAUCAUUAUAGAGAAACCCCAGAAAUCAGCACUAAGCUUUCACUUUCUUAGAGUUUCGUAAUGUCAAUAACGCAGAUACUAUAGCCUAGCUAAUCAUAAAAAUAGAGAGAUGGUAUAUCGUCCAAACACCAAAAAUAGGUACAACAAGGAUCAAUGUCCCUAGCGAUAGGACAUGGGCUUUGUUAGAUAUAUAUAGUUUUUUUAAAACCUACAUAGGAUUUGAUUGUAAAAGGAAAUGUAUCCUGAUUGAGAGUGAGUUCAAUUCCCCAUUAGCGAUUUUUCGUGUGUAAGUGAUUGGUUAAAUCAAUGCACUAAAUAUAAAUGAA